GUGUUCGCUAGUUCCCGAGCGCCCGUCCUGGGGGCAAGUGCGAUGGGCUGAAUUCAAGGCUGAGAGGCGCCAACCAAGGGCUUCAUCUGGGUCGCCCCCUUCCGUUCACACGAACACUGUUAACCGUGUUCGUGCACAGCUCAUAGGAUUACUCAGCUAAAAGCAACAAUAAACAUGGAUGACAGAGCUAGACGUUAUUUGCUUCAGAACCACCAAGCUUUGGAAAGUGAUAUCAAGACAUCUUAUAUAAUGGAUCAUAUGAUUGCUGAUGAUACCUUGACAGUGGUGGAAGAGGAGAAAGUAAAAGCUCAGACUACACAAAGAGAACGGGCAUCUAUGCUUCUAAAAUUAAUUAUUGCCAAAGACAAUUAUGCAUAUAUAUCUUUUUAUAAUGCUUUACAACAGGAAGGAUAUAAAGAUCUUGCUGCUCUCCUUCAAGAUGGCCUCCCUAUUAUUUCACCUUCAAAUAAAAAAAAUUCUGAGAAUGGUAUAACUUCAUAUGUUAAGACUACUUUAUGUGAAGGUGGAGUUCCACAGAGGCCAGUAGUAUUUGUUACUCGUCCAGAAUUACUAAAAAAAAUACAGCAGAACCUACGGAGGUUAAGAAAUAAUCCAGGAUGGGUGAUUAUUUAUGGCAUGGCUGGCUGUGGAAAGUCUGUUUUGGCAGCAGAAACUCUACGUAACCACAGUCUUUUGAAAGAUUGCUUCCCAGGAGGAGUGCAUUGGGUUUCUGUUGGAAAACAGGAUAAAGCAGGUCUGUUAAUGAAACUCCAAAAUCUUUGCCUGAAAUUAGACCAGAACUUCACUUAUUCACAAAGGCCACCAUUUAAUAUUGAGGAAGCAAAAGAUCGCCUUCGUUUGUUGCUGUUGCGCACGAGCCCAGGAUCUCUCUUGGUACUUGAUGAUAUUUGGGAUUCCUGGGUUUUAAAAGCUUUUGAUAAUCAGUGUCAGAUUCUUAUCACCAGUAGAGACAGGAGUGUAGCAGAUUCUGUCACUGGCAAUAAAUAUGAAGUUUCUGUAGAAAGUGGAUUAGCACAUGAAAAAGCACUUGAAAUAUUAUCCCUGUUCGUUAAUAUGAAAGUAACAGAGCUGCCGGAAAAAGCUGAUCAUAUUGUUAGAGAAUGCAAAGGUUCUCCUCUUGUGGUAUCAUUAAUAGGAGCGUUAUUACAAGUCUUUCCCAAUCGCUGGGAAUAUUACCUUAGACAACUUCAAAACAAACAGUUCAAAAGAAUACGGAAAUCCUCAUCUUAUGAUUAUGAAGCACUUGAUGAAGCAAUGUCUAUAAGUGUUGAUAUGUUGCCAGAAAAUUUUAAAGUUUAUUACAGAGAUCUUUCUGUUCUUCCAAAGGACAUUAAAGUGCCUUCAAAGGUAUUUUGUAUUCUUUGGGAUAUGGAGAUUGAAGAAGUUGAAGACAUACUGCACGAAUUUGUCAACAAAUCUCUCCUAUUUUGCGAUCGAAAUGGAAAAUCAUUUUGUUAUUAUUUGCAUGCUCUCCAACUUGAUUUUCUUAUGGAGAAGAAUCGCAGUGAGCUUCAAGAUCUACAUAAAAAAGUAGUUCAUCAGUUCAAGAAAUAUUAUAAGUGUUACAUAUCUAUUUCAUCAGAGGAGGACUGCAUGUAUUGGUAUAAUUUUCUGGCUUACCAUAUGGCAGGUGCCAAUAUGCAUGAUGAGCUAUGUGCUCUCAUGUUCUCAUUAGAUUGGAUUAAAAUAAAAACAGAACGAGUAGGGCCUGCUCAUUUGAUUCAUGAAUAUGUUGAAUACAGUAAAAUACUGGAUCAGAAGGAUACUAAUGCACGUGAAAACUUCCAGGAAUUUUUGUCCUUGAAUGGGCAUCUCCUUGGACAUCUUCCAUUUCUAGACAUUGUACAGCUAGGAUUGUGUCAGCCAGAAAAUUCAGAAGUCUAUCGACAAGCAAAACUGCGAGCUCAGCAAGAACUUAGUAAAGGAUCUCUUUAUGUGGAAUGGAUCAAUAAAACAUCAGUGAAGAACAUGUACCGUUUGGUUGUGCAUCCACAUACAGCUGCUGUUUACCAUGCUUGUUUUUCCCAGGAUCAUCAAAGAAUAGCUACAUGUGGAGCUGAUAAAACUUUGCAGGUUUUCAAAACUGAAAGUGGAGAAAAGCUCCUAGAAGUAAAAGCUCAUGAUGAUGAAGUGCUCUGCUGUGCUUUUUCAAUAGAUGACAGAUUUCUAGCCACUUGUUCAAUGGAUAAAAAAGUAAAAGUCUGGAACUCAAGAACAGGUGAACUUGUGCGUGAAUUCGAAGAACAUACAGAGCAGGUCAACUUCUGUCAUUUUAGUCAUCAUUUAUUAGCAACAUGUUCAAAUGAUACUUAUAUCAAACUCUGGGAUCUGAAUAGUAAGUGUUGUCGCAAUACAUUGUUUGGCCAUAAAAAAUCUGUAACCCACUGCAGAUUUUCACCAGAUGAUAAAUACUUGGCUAGUUGUUCAGCUGAUGGAACUAUAAAGCUUUGGGAUGUGCAGUCAGCAAAUGAACUGAAAACUAUUAACAUAGGAAAGUUCUUCAAAAAUGGAGAUGGUUACCAUGAUGAAGUGGAAGUGUUAGUGAAGUGUUGUUCCUGGCCAUCUAAUGGUACAGCAAUAGUAGUAGCAGCUAAAAAUAGACUUUUUCUUGUGGAUGUUAAAACCAAGGAAUUAUUGGCAGAGGCUCUUUUGAGCCACCACAACACAAUCCAGUACUGUGACUUCUGUCCCAAUAGUCAAAUAGUAGCAGUUGCUUUUUCACAUUGUUCUGUUGAAAUAUGGAACAUUGACUCCGUUUCAAAAAUAGCUGAGUGCCUAGGACAUAUGAGUUGGGUACAUUCUGUGAAUUUUUCUCUUGAUGGGUCUUUUUUUGUCACAUCUUCUGAUGACCAAACAAUAAGGAUAUGGGAAACAAAUAAAGUAUGCAAGUCCUCUGCUAUUGUGUUAAAUCGUGAAAUAGAUGUUUCAUUUCUAGAUAAUAAAGUCAACAUCCUGGCAAUAGGUGGUCUGAAGUAUUUGCAGCUAAUUAACGGAUCUACUGGCAAUGCUGUCUAUUUGACUGAAGAACAGAAGUCUUCUAUUUGUUGCUGCUGUUUGAGUGAAGACCUACAGUUUGCUGCAUAUGGAGAUGAAAAUGGAAUUGUAAAGGUUUUAAAUGUAUCAGAUAGUAGUGUUUUAAAAUCCAGAACUGGACACAGGAAAGCUGUACAGCACUGCCAAUUUACUUCUGAUGGAAAAACACUUAUUUCAAGCUCUGAUGAUUCAACUAUACAGGUAUGGAAUUGGCAGUCAGAGAAAUGCAUUAUUCUGAAAGGACAUAAAGAACCUGUCAAGAAUUUUCAUCUUCUGAAGGAAUCAAGACUUCUUUCAUGGUCAUUUGAUGGAACAGUUAAAGUCUGGAAUAUACUUACUGGAGAACUAGAAAAAGAUCUUGCCUGCCAUGAAGAUGCUGUUCUUUCUUGUGCUGUUUCACCUGAUGCCACUAUAUUUUCCACUACCUCUGCUGACAAAACUGCCAAGAUAUGGAGCUUUGAAAGUUCAUCAGCGCUUCAUACUUUGAGUGGACACAAAGAUUGUGUGAGAUGCUGUACAUUCUCUCUUAAUAAUGAAUUAUUGGCCACAGGAGAUGACCAUGGAGAAAUAAGGGUUUGGAGUAUAUCAACUGGUAAACUACUUUGCUUGUAUUUUUCUGCCACAACAAAUGAAGGAGGAUCAGCACAUGGAGGCUGGGUGACAGGCCUUCAUUUUUCUCCUGAUGGUAAAGUGCUUGUUUCUUCUGGAGGAUACAUCAAGUGGUGGAAUGUGGAUACUAGUCAAUCCUUACAAACUUUCUACACAAAUGGAACAAAUCUCAAAUCAUUGCAUGUGUCCCCCGAUUUCAAAACAUGUGUGACACUGGAUAAUCUAGGCAUUCUUUAUGUGCUACGGAUUAUGGAAUAAAUUUAAGUUGUAAUCACUUUUAUAUUUAUAGUAUUUUUGAGCCAGAAAUGAAUCAUUUCUUUAUUUUUUUCUAACUUUCAUGAAACUGUGAUUUUUUUUACGAUACAUGAUACAUUUGUAAUUUCUUCCAAAUCAGCACCUUUUAAAAAAAACAUGUAGUUGAUCAGAAUGAAAAUGCAAUUUUCGUUCUUUAAUAUGUUUUGCUUUUGGAAGUUGCACUGAAUAUAAUUACACUAUACUAUGAUCACCAAAGAGAGCAAUAUGUGAUAAUGCAGUCUAAUAGCAAAUGUUUCUAAAUCAUAAGCAUGUUUGCCACUCCAAGAUUUUGUUUUAGAUUUUUUUUUUACUAUUGCAAUUUUGUCUUGAUGCCUUUGGAUUGACAGGUGUUGUCUUGAUACACACAAUGUGAAUAAUUGAAAAUAUCCGUGGCAUAAAGUGUCUACUGGUAUUGUCCUGUUAAUAAUGUAAGAGCAUGUUUCAGUCUUGUCCUUUGCUUAAAAACACAAUACAAUUUUCUAAAGAUAAUUUUCUCCAAAAGUUUGGAUGUUGGCUUAACGUAUUCCGUUUUGUAUCAGGUUAAAAUGUCACUGACAACUAAUUGUAUUAAAACUACAAAAAAUUAUUGGGAAGAAUAUUUCACUUUUAAAGAUAAUGUAUGAUUAAGAUUUUUUGCAUUUUUCUUGUUUCCUUUUAAAAAAUAAAGUAUAUUUGAUUUUGUUUUCUAGCCUGUAUUUCUUUUAGUUUGUGUCUAUGAAUAUUUAAAUAAAACUUAUCUACUAAAAUGUUCUUCUUAAGUUGAUAUCGCUAGAUUAUAUAUUUUCAAAUAAGUUUAUUGUCCUUUAAUACUAAUUCGAGACAGUUGAUUAGAUAUACACAGAAUACUGCAUUUACUGCAGGUUCAAGCCCCACCAGGCCCAAGGUUGACUCAGCCUUCCAUCCUUUAUAAGGUAGGUAAAAUGAGGACCCAGAUUGUUGGGGGCAAUAAGUUGACUUUGUAUAUAAUAUACAAAUGGAUGAAGACUAUUGCUUGACAUAGUGUAAGCCGCCCUGAGUCUUUGGAGAAGGGCGGGAUAUAAAUGCAAAUAAAAAAAAAACACCAAAUUGAUAAUUAAGUUGUUCUCUUGGGGUGCAUAUGUACACAAAUACAAAUAACAACAUGGAACGUGAAGAAGGACUCAUGUGAUUGUUGUUGUGCCGAUAGGCAGAAACUCCUGCCAGAUUUCUAGUUGUCUCUCUUUUUACCUCAUUUUUUGAAUGGAACCCAAAGGCUACCAAAAAUAUGCCUUGAAGAACUGGUAGGCACAUUUCCUCCACCAUAUGGAGCAUCAUGUCAAAAGCAAUUUGGCAGCUUGACUCUCAACACAAUGCCAAUGUCAGAUAUCGGGCCAAGGCAAUAUUUUAACAGUCUUAAGAUAGUAAUACUCAAACUGACAUUGAGUCAUUUGCAAACAUCAGGUCUCUGAAAAACAUUGGCCAAGAAUAAAAUGCCCUUCCAAACAGAAAAAUAUCUAAACAUCUCUUCAAUCUAGGUGGGCCCAACAGAUAUAGUAAGAACUCCUGUACAGCUUAACCAGGUUGGAACAGGAGAAAAAAGGCUGAGAUGCCCAAACCCUGACAUGAAGAGGGCCAGAAAAGGCCUGUGGCAAUAGACAAAGUUCUCAGGGAUUGGACCGUAGACUCCUGAGUGGAAGAAGAGGUUGCAGAAAAGUGGUCCUCACCUGCAGUGAAUGAUUUGGAUAUUAAGCUGGUACUCAUUAGUAACAGGCCCUAAGGGAGGUAAAGUGGUAGAGAAAAUGAAAAAUGGUUUCAAGUGACAAGUAUGAGUACCUGUGUGUUAACUUGGGCCAGAGACAAACUAGGAUCCUGGCUAUCAUAAGGCUGGGAUUUGAGUCCCUUGUUUUUCGAUGGAGUUCUAUUGUCUGAUAAGCUUGCAUUCAGGGCAACUUGGGCUCUCAGUGUAAUUUCUCCUGAGAUGCUUGGUUCAUCCCAGAUAGCAGCUUGGUUUCAAUAAGAUUUUUGGAGGAUGAAACAGCAGAAGCCAUAUCUUGAGCACCAGUAGUUAAAUACAAAAACAAUCAGAUUAAGCACAAGGUAGGGCUUAUAUUCAAGUCUAUUUCAUGCUGGUAAGGGAGGUGAAGCAUCUCUACUGCUCCCUUGUGUCGGGCUGUUGGGCAUCAGUCUACCAUUGCCAACUUUCUUUUUGUUAGGAUUUAGCAUGUAGAUUUCUGCCAGGCCACUAUAACCAGUUUAUACGACAUUUCACCAAUAAUGUUCAAAUCCUUCAGUGUCUUGACUAUAGGGGCAGGAUUUGAUGUGAUGAGUGCUGAAAUAGAAAACAUUAUAUUUGAGACUUCUUUUAGCCUAUGAAGUAAAAAGGGUACUUUGAAGUAUGAUCUCUGCUACCUCUGGGCUUGCUUCCUGUCCCUCUUGACUCAUAUGGUCUGGAAAAAGUAUAUUUGGUGGAUCUGGAGGAUAGUCUGCAACUGUUUGUGAAAUAGGUUAUUACACUCUUUUCUAUUUUUGACACUUGCCAAUUUCCAGUCUUCUGUUUUGCUGGUAAAGUAAGAGAGUGCUGGAAAAUCAGCUUCAAAGCAUUGUGGAAGAAACAAGUUAUCUGGCACAUUUUCAACCCGGAUUCAAGCAUGGAUAUGUGACUGAAACAGCAUUGGCUCUCCUGGUUGAUGACAUUUGUUGGAAGUUGGAUGAGACGAAUGUUGCUGUCUGGAGCCCUAUUAGAGCUAUUGUCAGACUUAAGUACCACAGCUCCAGUAUCUUUCUGUACCAUAUGAGCAAUAUGGAUUAGAGCACUCUUCUACGAUUCUGCCUAGCAUGCUAAUAAAUGAAGUUCUGUUGAUGUUUCCAAGAUCCUGUACUUUAUAUAAUACUUACAUUAAAUAUAUUAUUGUAUAA